GGAGGAAGAAGAACAAGUACCAUGGAAGACGUAGGAGGAGUCAGAAGAAGCAGAUGGAGGCUGACAGGGAAGUUCUCCUGAAGCUGGGGAGGCUGGCGUUGGAACAUCUGGAGAAAGGAAACAUCAUGUUCUACCAAGAAGACCUGCAGCAGUGUGGUCUGGAUGUCACAGAGGCCUCGGUGUACUCAGGAGUUUGUACAGAGAUCUUCAAGAGAGAGAGCGUGAUCUUCCAGAAAUCAGUCUACUGCUUUGUUCAUCUGAGCAUUCAGGAGUUUCUGGCUGCAGUCUACAUGUUCCACUGCUUCACCAGCAGGAACACACAGGUGGUGGAGAACUUCCUUGGAAAACAAUACAGUGAAACAUCUCUGGAUGAGUUCCUGAAGAGCAUCAUGGGUAAAUCCCUCAGAAAAAAACAUGGCCAGUUGGACCUGUUUGCUCGCUUCCUUCAUGGCCUCUCUGUGGAGUCCAACCAGAGACUCUUAGGAGGCCUGCUGGGUCAGACAGAGAACAGUCCAGGAACCAUCCAGAGAGUCAUCACCAACCUGAAGGAGAUGAAAAUUGAUUAUAUCACUUAUAAAAUCUCUCCUGACAGAAGCAUCAACAUCUUCCACUGUCUGAUGGAGAUGAAGGACCUCUCAGUUUAUCAGGAGAUCCAACAGUUCCUGAAAUCAGAGAACAGAUCAGAGAAGCUCUCUUUGAUCCAGUGUUCAGCUCUGGCCUACAUGCUGCAGAUGUCAGAGGAGGUUCUGGAUGAGUUGGACCUGGAGAAGUACAACACAUCAGAAUCAGGACGACAGAGUCUGGUUCCAGCUGUGAGGAACUGCAGAAAGGCUCGACUAUUGGGCUGUGAGCUCUCAUGGACUGAAUGUGAAGUUGUGGCCUCAGCUCUGAAGUCCAACCUCUUCCUGACUGACCUGGAAAUAGAUAAGAUCGAUGUACGGACAAUCAUUGGAGACUCUGACAUGAAGAGUCUCUGUGAGAUCCUGGAGACUCCAUUCUGUAAAGUAAAGAAGCUGGCAUUGCAGAGCUUCAAUUUGUCAGAGAUCAGCUGGGCGUCUCUGUUCUCUGCGCUGAAGUCCAACCCGUCCCAUCUGACAGAACUAGACCUGAGUGGAAACGUCCUGAAAGAUGCUGGAGUGAAGGAGCUCUGUGGUUUCCUCCAGAAUCCCCUCUGCAAACUACAGACAUUGAGGUGUGUGGGCUCCGCCCACCAGUCAACCCAGAACACCUGUGGAAAGAGUCUGAGGCAGCAGAGCUGGCAGCAAGCUACACGGCCCUGCUGGCUGAGUCCUGACACCACCCCCUCAAGGGUCGCCACCUGGCGACCCGGAGGAAGACGUGGAGGGACGAGAGGCGAGGAAAUCCUCAACGAGGGAUCGAUCCGGGAUCGCAGAGCCAGGAAGCCAAGACCGCUCCUCCGGACCACGACCAACCCAAUCCACGAGGUAUUGGAAACCUCUACCUCGUGGACGGGAGGCCACGAUCCGGAGGAUCUGCCGACCAUGAUGGUCCUGGGAGGGUGGAGGGGGUUCGGCCGGAGGGCACAAUGGGCUGGAGGUGACUGGCUUGAUCUGGGAGACGUGGAACAUGGGAUGGACACGGGAGUGGGACGGGAGACGGAGACGGACGGUGGUAGGGCUGAUGACGGAGGUGAUCUCAUAGGGUCCAGAGAAACGGGGUGA